AUCUUCUCUACUCUUGCACUACUAUGAAAGCAUAUACUAUUGGAUAUGCAAUUACUCUGGUCUUUGGUGUCUUAUCUUCUGGAGUGACAGCCCAGUGUCCAUUUCACAAGAGAAUGACAGAAGGUGGUGGACAGGAUGCAAAACUUGAGCAGCUGGAACAAUACUCUGUUAAUGAUGCCGGAACCCAGGAAACUACCAUGUUUGGUACAAAGAUCAAUAAUACAGACAGUCUGAAGGCUGGACUUCGUGGACCUACUCUUAUGGAGGAUUUUAUGAUGCGUGAGAAGGUCAUGCAUUUUGAUCAUGAGAGGAUCCCAGAGCGCGUAGUCCAUGCACGAGGUGUAGGUGCCCAUGGUUACUUUGAGACCUACGAAGACUGGUCAGACUUGACUGCCGCAAAGUUCUUGAGAACCCCAGGUACCAAGACACCAGUCUUUGUCCGUUUCUCUACCGUACUCGGCUCAAAGGGCUCUGCUGAUACCGUCCGUGAUGUCCGUGGGUUCGCAACUCGAUUUUACACAGAAGAAGGUCUUUGGGAUCUUGUGGGGAAUAUUAUUGCACCAUUCUUUGUACAAGAUGCCAUCAAGUUUCCUGACCUGAUCCAUGCUGGAAAGCCUCAACCAAAUACCGAUGUUCCUCAAGCUGGUACAGCACAUGAAACAGCUUAUGAUUUUUUUGCAUCCGAGCCUGCAACAAUUCACACCGUCCUUUGGGCAUUGUCUGGCCGUGGUAUUCCUAGAAGUUUCCGACAAGUAGAAGGUUUUGGUGUUCACACCUUCCGUUUGGUUAAUGAAGAGGGAAAGUCUGUGUUUGCCAAAUUUAUUUGGAAGCCUCUUCAAGGACUUUCAAAUCUUGUCUGGGACGAAGCUCAGAAGAUUGCAGGAAAGGAUAGUGAUUUCCACCGUAAUGAUCUCUACGAUGCUAUCAAUAGAGGAGAUUACCCAGAGUAUGAGUUUGGUGUACAGAUUGUCCAAGAAGAAGACGAAGACAAAUUCGACUUUGACCUCUUGGAUCCUACCAAGCUUAUUCCCGAGUCUCUCGUGCCUUUUAAGCCUCUCGGCAAGAUGACCCUCAACCGAAACGUAGAGAACUUCUUUUCCGAGACCGAGCAAGUGACAUUCCACCUGGGCCAUGUUGUCCGAGGCAUCGGAUUCACCAACGACCCACUCCUUCAGGGUCGCCUGUUCAGUUAUCUCGAUACCCAAAUCAAUCGCAUGGGCGGGGUCAAUUACAUGCAGCUCCCCAUCAACCGUCCCAUUAAUCCUGUUCACAACAGCCAGCGUGAUGGCCAGAUGCAGUUCAAUAUUUUCAAAGGCAAGGUCGCCUACUCGCCCAAUGGACUCCAAGCCGAUACUCCAUCGAUGGUUGACGCAAAGGAUGGCGGCUAUAUUGAAUACCCAGAGAUGGUCGAAGGCCGCAAGGAACGUGGCAAGAGUGCCAAGUUCUUUGAUCACUACAGUCAGGCCCAGCUGUUCUGGAACAGUCUUACACCUCCUGAACAACAACAGCUGGUAGAUGGUGCUCGCUUUGAGAUCGGAAAGUCCAAGUCGUUGGACGUUCGCAAGCGGAUGAUUGAGAUCCUAAACCAUGUUGACAACAAUCUGGCAGUCCGUGUAGCCAGUGGUGUUGGUGUUGAAGAACCGGCCAAUAAGUAUAAGAACUCCAACCAGACCUCAGAAGGUCUUUCGAUUGAUCAGUAUCCAAAAGCCAAGAAUAUCCGUACCCGCACAGUCGCUAUUCUUACUGCCCCUGGAACUGACACUAGCGAUGCAAAGAAGAUGUAUGAUUACUUGGAUAAGGAAGGUGCCUACGUACAAUAUGUUGGUCUUGCGCUUGGCGAUCAAGAUGGCUUGAAUAUCACCCAGACCUACACUACCACGGCUUCCGUCUUGUUUGAUGCUGCAUAUGUACCAGGCGGUAAAAAAGCUAUUGAGACUCUGAUGGAUAACGUCAGCCAGUUCCCCUAUGAAGAGCCCCUUAGUUUUGUGCUGGACACUUUCCGCCAUGGCAAACCCCUUGCUGCAACUGGAGCUGGAGUUGAGCUCCUUAAAGCUGCUAGAGUUAAGGUCCCUUCCUCUAGUAAAUCAUACGCAGAAGAUAAGGGAGUCCUGGUCAGCAGUAGCUCUACUAGUCUGGAAGAACCCUUCAAGAAAGCAUUGAUACAACAAAGAUUCUGGUCAAGAAUGCCAUUAGAUAAGAAUGCUAAAUAGGUUAUUGAGAGAAAACUACAUAAAACUACAUAUAUUAUUUUCAAUAAAAAAGCAACAGACAGACAAAUAUAAUCUUAUAAUCUAU